UUACAGUAGCGCAGUUCUAUUUUGACAUUCAUCUGACUUGAAUUGUUGCUGGUUUCCUCCAUCACCAGCUUUCCCCCUUCGCCUCUUUACUGUAAACCCCAGCUUCCAACUCAUUUUCUCUCUCUUCAGAGCUGAGCAACAAUGGCAAAGUCGAGCGCUGACGACGAGGAGCUCCGGAGAGCCUGCGCGGCGGCGAUCGAGGGCACCGAUCAGGAGAUCCUCAUGUCGAUCAGAGUGGCCAAGAGCCGAGGGAUCUGGGCCAAAUCCGGAAAAUUAGGACGCAAUCACAUGGCCAAGCCCCGAGUUCUCGCCAUUUCGACAAAGGCAAAAGGCCAAGGAGCAUCAGUGUUUCUUCAUGUGUUAAAAUAUUCCACCGGAGGUGUUCUUGAACCUGCAAAACUAUACAAGCUGAAGCAUCUAUCAAAAGUUGACGUCGUUACAAAUGAUCCGAGUGGAUGUACUUUUAUGCUGGGAUUUGAUAACCUCAGAAAUCAGAGUGUUGCCCCAUCUCAGUGGACAAUGCGCAAUGUUGAUGACAGGAACCGUCUACUGCUUUGCAUCUUAAAUAUCUGCAAGGAUGUGCUGGGACGUCUUCCUAAAGUUGUUGGUAUAGACGUUGUGGAGAUGGCUCUUUGGGCUAAGGAAAAUACACCAGCCAUUUCUAAGCAACAAGGUGUCGUUCAAGAUGGGCCUAUUGUGGCUGCAGUUGCAGAAACUGACACAAAAGUGACUGUUGAAAGGGAACUUGUAUCUCAAGUGGAGGAAGAGGAUAUGGAGGCUCUUUUAGGAACAUAUGUUAUGGGGAUUGGUGAAGCUGAAGCCUUUUCUGAGCGGUUGAAACGAGAGCUUCAAGCGUUAGAAGCAGCAAAUGUGCAUUCAAUUUUAGAAAAUGAACCUUUAAUAAAUGAGGUAUUGCAGGGGCUUGAGUCAGCUACUAGCUGUGUGGAGGACAUGGAUGAAUGGCUAGGGAUUUUCAAUUUGAAACUUCGCCACAUGAGAGAGGACAUAGAAUCGAUUGAAACACGAAACAACAAGCUGGAAAUGCAGUCAGUAAAUAAUAAAUCUUUGAUUGAAGAACUUGAUAAGCUUCUUGAAAAACUGCGCAUCCCAUCUGAGUAUGCAGCAUGCCUUACAGGGGGUUCAUUCGAUGAGGCUCGCAUGCUUCAGAACAUUGAAGCUUGUGAGUGGCUAGCAAACGCUUUGAGAAACCUUGAAGGUCCCCAUUUGGAUCAUACCUAUGCAAACAUGAGAUCUGUUCGGGAGAAGCGGGCAGAACUUGACAAGUUGAGAAACAAUUUUGUCAAAAGAGCAUCCGAAUUCCUGAGGAACUAUUUUACUAGUUUGGUGGAUUUCAUGAUAAGUGAUAAGAGUUACUUCUCUCAGCGUGGACAACUUAAGAGGCCUGAUCAUGCUGAUUUGAGAUACAAGUGCAGGACAUAUGCACGCCUCUUGCAACACUUGAAGACUUUAGAUAAGAAUUGCCUGGGCCCAUUGAGGAAAGCCUAUUGCAGCUCUCUUAAUUUGCUUCUACGCCGAGAGGCCCGUGAGUUUGCAAAUGAACUUCGUGCUAGUACUAAGGCAUCAAGGAAUCCAACGGUGUGGCUUGAUGGUUCUGCAGGAUCUAACCAAAAUGCUAGUAGUGCAGACACAUCUACUGUUUCGGAGGCAUAUGCAAAAAUGCUGACAAUUUUUAUUCCUCUUCUAGUUGAUGAGAGUUCUUUCUUCGCACACUUCAUGUGCUUUGAAGUGCCAGCUCUUGUUCCACCUGGAAGCCUUGUCAAUGGCAACAAAAAUGUACACACUGAUGAUGAAAAUGAUGAUGAUUUGGGCAUCAUGGACAUUGAUGAUAAUGAGAAUGAUGGUAAAAAAUCUGCAGAUCUGCAGGCUUUGAAUGAAUCACUUCACGAUUUACUUGAUGGAAUACAGGAAGAUUUCUAUGCUGUUGUGGACUGGGCAUACAAGAUCGACCCUCUUCGGUGUAUAUCUAUGCAUGGUACAACAGAACGAUAUAUUUCUGGUCAAAAAGCUGACGCAGCGGGAUUUGUGCGUAUUUUACUGGAUGACCUUGAAAACAGGAUUUCUACACAGUUCAGUCGUUUUGUGGACGAAGCUUGCCACCAGAUUGAGAGAAAUGAGCGAAAUGUUCGACAAAUGGGACUCUUGCCAUAUAUACCAAGAUUUGCUACUCUUGCAACACGUAUGGAGCAAUACAUACAAGGACAAUCGAGGGAUUUGGUUGAUCGGGCGUACACAAAGUUUGUAACUGUAAUGUUUGCUACAUUGGACAAAAUUGCUCAAUCAGACCCUAAGUAUGCAGAUAUUUUGCUUUUAGAAAAUUAUGCAGCCUUUCAAAACAGUCUGUAUGACCUGGCCAAUGUUGUGCCCACUUUAGCAAAGUUUUAUCACCAAGCAAGUGAAGCUUAUGAACAAGCCUGCACACGCUUUAUAAACUCAAUUAUCUUAUAUCAAUUUGAACGCCUUUUCCAGUUUUCACGCAGAAUAGAGGACCUAAUGUAUACAAUUACACCAGAGGAGAUACCAUUCCAGCUAGGAUUGUCAAAAAUGGAUUUGCGCAAAGUUGUGAAAUCAAGUCUAUCUGGGGUUGACAAGUCCAUCGCGGCAAUGUAUAAAAGAUUACAGAAGAAUUUGACAACAUCAGAGGAGCUGUUACCUUCACUAUGGGACAAGUGCAAGAAAGAGUUUCUAGACAAGUACGACAGCUUUGCCCAACUUGUCGUUAAAAUUUAUCCGACAGAGUCCAUCCCUCCCGUUUCAGAAAUGAGAGAUCUACUGGCAUCUAUGUAAAUGAGCAGCCGGUAAAUUUCAUGAGUGUGUAAAAAGUUGUUGAUCAAAUUACUUUACUUAUCUCUUCCACUGCAUUUUGGUGGAGGCUCACAAUUUGAUUUAUUCAAAGAAAGUCGUUAGUAUAGUAUCUAGUGGCUAUCCUUUGUAUUACACGCUUAAUCCAUGAUUGUUAUGAUUAGUGUAAAUCUAUUUUUUCCAGUUA